UAACGGCGCCGCUCUGCUCGUAAUGACUCUAAUAGCCGGUCACGCAGAUAAUCGCUGCUGUCGUGUGUGUGUUUGUUUCGUUCGUUGUGCACGCGGCCUUUCAAAAUCAGUGUAUUUUCUGUGGGUCAUUGACUGUGUGAAGACCCUUUGCUUUAGAGAAGCACAGAAGCGAUGAUUGGUGCGGCUCCGGCUACGGUAUCUGAACGUAAACACAGCGACAUGAAUUAUUCCCGCUUUCUAACUGCUGUGAGCUCAGCGCGGAGACCCUCCCCUAUUCGUCUCUUGACGGAACUGCAGCAGCGAUCGCCCCCAACUUUGAUCUCCCUGGCUGGCGGAGCCCCAAACCCCGACACCUUCCCCUUCCAGUCGGCCACUAUCACCGUGAAGAACGGGAGCAGCAUAGUUUUCAACGAAAGCCUGAUGAAGAAGGCCCUCCAGUACUCCGGUUCCUAUGGGAUCCCAGAGCUGCUGAGCUGGAUGAAGGAGCUCCAAAAGAAGCUGCACGACCCCCCAACGGCCGGAUACACUCCUGAGAAAGGACAGAUGGAGAUGUGUGUGACUACAGGCAGUCAGGAGGGGCUCUGCAAGGUGUUUGAGAUGCUGGUCAGUCCUGGAGACAACGUCCUCCUUGAUGCCCCCACCUACUCUGGGACCCUUGCAGCACUCCAGCCUCUGGGCUGUAACAUCAUCAACGUCCCCAGCGACCAGCACGGCAUGGUCCCCGGCUCUCUGAAGGAGAUCCUGUCCCGGUGGACCCCCGGCGACGCUCGGAGGCCUGGCAGUACCGUCCCCCGGGUGCUGUACACCAUCCCCAACGGAGGCAACCCCACCGGGGCCUCCAUGAGCGCAGAGCGGAAGAGGCAGGUAUACCAGCUUGCCAGAGAAUAUGACUUCCUGAUAAUCGAGGACGACCCAUACUACUUCCUGCAGUUCGAAAAGCCCUGGGCUCCUACGUUCCUCUCCAUGGACUUGGACGGCCGCGUCAUCCGCAUAGACUCUUUCUCGAAGAUCCUGUCCUCAGGGCUGAGGAUUGGCUUUGUGACCGGGCCCAAGCCACUGGUGGACAGAGUGGUUCUCCAUAUCCAGGCCUCCACCAUGCACACGAGCACCUUCACACAGCUGAUGGUCUCCCAGCUGCUGCAGGCCUGGGGUCAGGAUGGCUUCCUCAACCACAUCAACACCGUGGUGGACUUUUACCGAGCACAGCGAGAUGCCAUGCUUUGCUCCGCGGACAAAUGGCUCAGAGGCCUGGCAGAGUGGUACGCGCCAGCGGCUGGCAUGUUCCUCUGGAUCAAGCUGAAGGGCAUCGUGGACACUCAGCAGCUGAUCAUGGAGAGGGCUUUGGAGAAAGAGGUGCUGUUGGUCCCUGGACAAGCCUUCAACAUCGACAGCUCUGCCCCGAGUCCCUACGUUAGGGCUGCGUUCUCUCAGUCCACCCCGCAGCAGAUCGAUGAGGCUUUUAAGCGACUCUCUGCACUUAUUCAGGAAUCAUUAUGAAGAAUUCUCAUCAUUUUAAAAAUAUUCCUUGCCAGUGAAAGUUUUCUUAAUUUUUUUUCUUCUAAUGGAUCAUUUGAUGCCAAAUCAAAGCUUUUGAUGUGUAGCGCCACCCUCCAUUUCGCCUAAUUAUGAGGGUGGUGCCCUGGGUUCUAUUCCAAUAGAAAACCCAAACUCGGGUAUUUCAAAAACAAAUUUAAUAAAUUCUCCAAACCCCCAUGGCAUAGAAAUAUUCAAACUAUUAUUAACCCCA